AAUUAGCUAACUUUUCGGCUGGUAGGCCCAACGGGAGAUUGCCAUCAUGGUGUGUGUCCUGAAACAACGGACACGCACGCACACGGCACAUCUCGCUCUCCCGAUUCCCGAAUGCCCAGAUUCCUUGUAGACUGUAAACUGCUGCUGGUAAUUAACCGAGUGUGUGUACUUGUGCAAGAUCCAGGCAGCAAGUGAUGAUUUUCCCAGUGCAUCCUUGGUCGAAUUGAAGUCGCUGCAGUGAAGUGCGGAUCGAUCUAUCGAUCCAGUAGAGGACGUGGCAGCCGCCGCUGUUGGCUUUCACUUCAAUUCAAUUCACUUUGAUCGAUCAGCCACCGCGAAGAAGAAGAAGAAGAAGAAGAAGAAACAACAUUUAAUUCCCCAGCUAGCAACCGCCGGCCACCUCUCUCUCCCAAUUAUCCUCUCCUCCUCUGCUUCAUCUCCACCACCUCCGAUCGAGAUCGAGAUGCUCCCCUCAACGGCAAUGGCGUUCCAUGUCUUCCUCAUCGCUGCGCUGCUGUUGCUGCCUCUCCCCGCCGCCUUCUCCAAGGCCGUGCGCACCCAAUCCCUUCUCGCCAACCCGCUCUCCCCGGAUCCUAUCACUCAGGAGCAGCAGCUCAGCCUCGCCGCGCCCCGCACCAACGCCUCCACGCUCCACUUCCGCCUCGCCCACCGCGAGCACUUCGCGCUCAACGCCACCGCCUCCGAUCUGCUCGCGCACCUCCUCGCCCGGGACGCCGCGCGCGCCGCCGCCCUGCUUGCUGCACCCAACAAUGCCACGCGCCCGCGCCGCCGCGGCGGCUUCGCGGCGCCCCUGCUGUCCGGCCUCCCGCAGGGGAGCGGGGAGUACUUCGCCCAGGUCGGGGUCGGCACGCCCGCCACCACCGCGCUCAUGGUGCUCGACACCGGCAGCGACGUCGUCUGGCUCCAGUGCGCGCCCUGCCGCCACUGCUACGCGCAGUCCGGCAGGGUCUUCGACCCGCGCCGCUCCCGCUCCUACGCCGCGGUGGACUGCGUCGCGCCCAUCUGCCGCCGCCUCGAUUCCGCCGGCUGCGACAGGCGCCGCAACUCCUGCCUCUACCAGGUAGCCUACGGCGACGGCUCUGUCACCGCCGGGGACUUCGCCUCCGAGACGCUCACCUUCGCGCGGGGCGCCCGCGUGCAGCGGGUGGCCAUCGGGUGCGGCCACGACAACGAGGGGCUCUUCAUCGCCGCGUCGGGACUCCUCGGCCUCGGCCGUGGCAGGCUGUCGUUCCCCUCCCAGAUCGCCCGCAGCUUCGGCCGGAGCUUCUCCUACUGCCUCGUGGACCGGACCUCGUCGGUGAGGCCCUCCUCCACCCGCUCCUCCACCGUAACGUUCGGCGCCGGCGCGGUGGCGGCAGCGGCGGGCGCGUCCUUCACGCCGAUGGGGAGGAACCCCAGGAUGGCGACGUUCUACUACGUGCACCUCCUGGGCUUCAGCGUGGGCGGCGCGCGCGUGAAGGGCGUGUCCCAGUCCGACCUCCGGCUGAACCCGACCACCGGGCGCGGCGGCGUCAUCCUGGACUCCGGCACGUCGGUGACACGGCUUGCCAGGCCCGUGUACGAGGCCGUGCGCGACGCGUUCCGCGCGGCGGCGGUGGGGCUCCGUGUGUCGCCGGGCGGGUUCUCGCUGUUCGACACGUGCUACAACCUGAGCGGGCGGAGGGUGGUGAAGGUGCCGACGGUGUCGAUGCACCUGGCGGGCGGCGCGUCGGUGGCGCUGCCGCCGGAGAACUACCUGAUCCCGGUGGACACGAGCGGGACGUUCUGCUUCGCGAUGGCGGGAACGGACGGCGGCGUCUCCAUCAUCGGCAACAUACAGCAGCAGGGGUUCCGGGUGGUGUUCGACGGCGACGCCCAGCGCGUAGGCUUCGUGCCAAAGAGCUGUUAAUUACAGUACUCCACUACGGAGUAUUAGUAUUACUAAGCAAGGGUGUUAAAAUCGAACUCUCUUUUUUUUUUUCCUUUUUGUGAAUCGAUUCACUGCUUAAUUUGUACUAUCGGGUAUCGUUAAUUUGUUAAUCAAAGCCUCCUAUGCCUUUGGAUUUUGGCAGGAGGGAGCUGCAUGUACGUAACGUUGUUGUUGUGAAUUGUGAUCGACUGAUGAUCGUAGGCUUAA